CCCACUGUGCCCCGGUGCCCACUGUCCCGAUUCAGUUUCUUGUGCAGCGGUGGCGGGGCAGGGAAGCUCGUGUCCAAGCUAUGAGGCACGUGGUAUGCGGUGUGCCAAAGUGACUUGCGCCCAGGAACCGUAGCUGCAGGCACAGCCCACCGAGAUGGCAAGUCCUUGGAGAGCGCCGUACGUUCCUCCUUCGUCCGAGUAGCGAUCUGGUGCACUCCUCGGCUCCGCCUUCCUCUCCUGCAGCGGCCUUUGCAACCUUAUUUUCAACAUGCAUUCAACUAACGGCACUGUGCAGUUCUUGCCUGAGGACUUCGAUCUUCUUCGGAACCUUAUAGAGGAGGUUAUUGAGAACCGAUGCAAGAAUGACACGAGCACGGUCAUUAAGGAGCUGCGAUCUCUGCUGCAACGAGAGAACACGACCGUCACUGAGAUCGAGGAGCCUUCCUCGGAGGACUCCCUAGCGGUGGUCUACAUCGUGUUCGUCCUCAUGUUCUUCGCCGCCUCCCUCCUCGUCAUUAUCAUCAAGUACCUCCGUCGAGAGCGAGAGUCUACGCGUCUCCAGCAGUUCUACGAGGACUACCUGCAGAAUAAGUAUCCUAGUUUAGUGGUGCAUUAUGACGAGACUGGCCGGCGCCUUCACCCUCAGCAAUCCUUUGAUUCCACUCGUUAUAGCAGCCCGCCGCCCACGCCCCUCGUCUCUCCUAUGGCCACGCCAUCCGUUACGCCCAUCGCAACGCCCAUGUUGACGCCGACAGACUCCCCUCUUGAAAGUCCUCUCUAAGAGGAGAGAGACAGGGCCAAAUAUAAAAUAAAAAAGAUAUGGCAUCGACACAUUUAAAAAGUUUACUAGAACACAUAAUCGUCAUUUGUUUUUUUUUUUGUCUACAGUAGGAGAUAAAUAUCUGCGUGUAUUUUACAUUUAUGGAUUUGAGCUUUUGUUAUUUACGGGUGAUACAAUGACAGCACCAUGAAAAUAAGGAAUUUGUAAAUAGUCCUUUAUACUGAUUAAUUAUUUUCUUUCAGUACAUACGUACUCUAGCCAGGGAUAUUAUUCCAUGCCUUACCAUAUGAUUGAAAAUGCUUGGUUCAUACGGGCAUACUCACUAUGAAAAAAAAAAAAACGUUGACCAUAUUAUGUCAGAGGUUACAAACUGUAUAUGUUUUUUUUCAUGUCUCUACCAGUGCCCUAUACACUAAAAACUAAUCUACAUUUUGCAUACAUGUAGGUGUUGUAUACUACGAAGAUCUUUGCUAACUGGAAUAUGGGCAUGGAUGCUAGUCGGUAUUUAAAUGUGUGGCUCGUAAAUGAAUUAAUGAAUAGAUAUGUAAAUAAUGACAUCAAUAUCUCAUCCACAAUAUGCAGAUAUCCGAGGUCAACCUGUAUUUGCUGGGAAUAUAUUUAGUCUUUUAUGUAAUUCGAUGAGUUGUUUGAUAAAAUAUCCUUUUUAUCAUAAUGAUAUGUGACCUUUCAUGCCUAGGCCAUUUAUUUGUUUAAAACUUUACAUUAAACAUUGAUUGAACACAUUUAAUAUAUGGUACCUGUAUUUCUGUAGUUUCCAGUAUGGUUAUUUUCAGUUAUCUAAUUUCAUCCCUUUUGAAGAUUAGUUUAGUUUGCCGGAAUAUAAUAGGUCAGUUACCAACCAAAGAAAGUUUGAUUUA